AGCUGGUUGUGCCGAAGAAGCGAUUGGUCAUCACAAUCGACAUCGGAUCAUCUGGUGAGAAUCUGUGUGGUUGGGGGCAGCUAUUUUGAGAUUGUGUGCAGUGCUGUAGCAUAUGAGUGACAGGGAGAGAACCACCGAGGACGAUAGGAUCCUACUAUCGGCAGGGCGCCGAUUGGCCCACGUGGCAUUAGGACCCGAGGGUGACAGGCUUCUGUUCCGUCAGCUUAGGGAAAGACAGCAGAAGCAGCGGAGAGCUAGGGCCGCAGAGGCAAGAAGGGCGUUCACAAGCGAAGCCGCUACUUCGGCAGCCAUGGCCACAGCUGCGCAGCAAAGCUCCAAGGCCAGUAGUUCAGGGACUGUAGGGACAACAAUUGCACAGAACCUGAGUCAGUCUGCUGGUGUCAUGGCAAGCCAGCAGUUGGUGUCGACUCCCGAGGAGAUCGUCAUACAGAGAUCAGAUGCUCGAGAGGCACAGCUACAGAAGGCGUUAGGAGAGAGAAAGGCAGAGAAGGAGAGGAUGCUCAAACGUAAGUCAAGGAUGCAGCGGAGACGAGCAGACCUUAGAGAGUUAGUGGAGAUGGACCUGACUCAUAUGGAUGGUGAUGUAAAGGUCGUGAGAACUGCCCUGCUAGAUUCUGCUGUCUCGCAGCCGGCACAGCCGCAGGGCACACAGCCCCAACAGCAGCUAGUGCAGCAGCCUGCACCCCAUGGUCCACAACCUGGAGUGGCGCAGGUACAGGGACAAGGACAGUGGGUUCCGAAGACUGCCAUCGGCUCACCUAGACCCUUCUUAGGGGAUAAGAGGGGGGAAGACCUUGACACAUGGUUGAGGAAUCAGUUGGCGGGUAAGCCAAACAUCAAUGUACACAACUUCCCCUCGUUCAACAAGAAGGCCCUAGACCUAGAGGCAAAAAUAGGGCAUGGGCACCAACCCACGACGGAUGGUAGGAAGAAGGCACUGCCUCCCAACUGGAAAGCGAAGAGUCGCAUUAUGUUCGUCGAUAACGAUGGUUCAACCAUCGAAUUAGAUGACGACUUCCAAAAGGGAGUAGGUUCAGAGGUGGGCAGCGCAGAGGCUUCAGGGGGUGGAGCAGUCGCUGCCUCAAUCCAAAAAGGUGAGGCAGUCGGUGGAUGCCGCAGAGGCUCCCGGUCUAGGAGUCCAGUAAACCCCAACGCUCCUCCAUGGGAGAAAGCGGGUCUCACAAAGGACGUGUGGAGAGACCGGUACACCCGGCAAGCUUGUAUUCGUCGUGGCCAAUAUGGUCAUAACCAGCUCAAGUGCCGAAACAACAACAAGGUGACGGAAAAGAUCCUGCCUACUUUGGGGCAAGCGACGGGAUCCUCCGCUUUCCAGGGUAACAAUGUUGCCAGCAGUUCCGACCUUGCUCUGGGAAACACGUCGGGCCAGUAGGAAUGGUAGUUGUUCCUACUAGGGUCGGGGUGGUGGACACCCCCCCACCAUCUCGAGAGAUGGCCCAAGCUAC